UCAGAGCGACUUGGCAAACCCCGGAGCUCAUCAGCUUAAAUACCAAAGGUCCUGCUCUUUUUUCCUCUCAGAAGAACAGAAACUGUGAACAACAAGAACAAGGAACUCAGAGGGAGAAACAACAGAGAUGACCAUGUUGUGGAAGAUAAGUGUUGUAGUCUUGUUGACUCUGUGUGUACAAGUCUUUGCACAAAAUAAGAAACUUCUAGGAGGCUGGAGAGAUGUUGAUGAAAAUGAUGAAUAUACACAGGACGCACUGCGGUAUGCCAAAAAAGAAUACAACAAAAGCAGCAAAGAUGGUUAUAUCACCGAUAUCAUCAAGAUUAUCCGACUGAGGAAGCAGGUAGUUGCCGGUAUGAAAUAUUCAAUGGAAGUUGAAGCAGUUAUUAGUCCCUGCCCUGAAGAUGAAAUGUUGACAGAAGAAUGCCAAAAUCAAGAAACCAAAACACAGAGGUGCUCAUUUGAAGUUCUAGAUGUUCCAUGGCGAAAACAUAGGGAGCUGAGAAAAGGUUAUUGCAACGCUAUAAGGAACUAAUACCAUCAAGUCUACUGAUCACUCCUAUCAACUUCUAAGAAAAUGAAUAACAACUUUUAUAAUAUUGCAUGUGGAAACUGUUCUUGAAGCAUCAUAUAUUCUGCCUAUUAAACAUGUAUAAUCUGU